UUUGAUGUAAAGGCCUGCAGCCGAUAAGGCGGGGACGAGCCACUCAACCGGAAGGCCAGAACAACUAACCGGAGAGGGCCACACAAUCACCGGAAAAUGGCCUUCCAGCUCUGCCAUUCGCCGUCCACCUUCUUCACCGACCACCAUUCCCUUUCCAAUUCUCUCACUUCUCAACGUAAAACAACUCUGUGCAACUCCUCUCGCCUUUUCAAACUCAAUCCCAUUCCUCGUCACUCGAAACCAUUCCUCCAAAUUACCAAUGUCUCGCUACAGGAAUACGCUCCUCAAGAAACCCACAAUCCAAGCCCCUCUAAUGAUGAAAUCUCCAAAUACCCAGAUGGGAAAUCCAGUUCCUCCUCCAAAAGCUCCGUUUGGGUCAAUCCUAGAAGCCCCAGAGCUUCCAAACUUCGGAAGCAAUCGUACGAAGCCAGGUAUGCUUCUCUUACUAGAAUAUCGGAGUCUUUGGACUCUUGUAAUCCAUGUCAGGAAGAUGUUGCUGAUGUCUUGAAGGAGAUAGGUAGUAACAUUUUACAACAGGACGCUGUUGUAGUGCUGAAUAACAUGUCGAAUUCCCAAACUGCGUUGCUUGCUCUUCGGUACUUCCAGGACGUGUUGAAAUCUAGUAAACAGGCGAUUUUUUAUAAUGUGACAUUGAAGGUGUUUAGGAAAUGCAGAGAUAUGGAGGGUGCAGAGAAACUGUUUGAAGAAAUGCUUAAGAGAGGAGUCAAGCCUGAUAAUGUGACAUUUUCUACAAUUAUUAGUUGUGCUAGGUUGUGUUCGCUACCUAAUAAGGCUGUUGAGUGGUUUGAGAAGAUGCCAAGUUUUGAUUGUAAUCCUGAUGAUGUUACUUAUUCUGCGAUGAUUGAUGCCUAUGGACGUGCUGGUAAUGUUGACAUGGCUUUCAGUUUGUAUGACCGUGCAAGAACUGAAAAUUGGCGUAUCGAUCCUGCAACAUUCUCGACAAUGAUCAAAAUUCAUGGAGUGGCUGGGAACUAUGAUGGGUGCUUGAAUGUGUAUGAAGAAAUGAAGGCUAUAGGCAUCAAGCCAAAUUUGGUUAUAUAUAACAGCUUGUUGGAUGCUAUGGGUAGGGCUAAAAGACCAUGGCAGAUCAAGACCAUUUACAAAGAGAUGAUUAAAAAUGGAUUUUCACCAAGUUGGGCAACUUAUGCUUCUCUUUUACGUGCCUAUGGAAGAGCCAGGUAUGGUGAGGAUGCCCUCCUUGUUUACAAGGAGAUGAAGGAAAAGGGGCUGCAGUUAAAUGUAAUUCUCUACAAUACACUUUUAGCUAUGUGUGCUGAUGUUGGCUACGUUUAUGAGGCUGUUGAAGUUUUUCAAGAUAUGAAGAGUUCUGGGACUUGCUCACCUGACAGUUGGACUUUUUCUUCCAUGAUCACCAUAUAUUCCUGCAGUGGAAAAGUAUCAGAGGCAGAAGAAAUGUUGAACGAGAUGGUGGAAGCCGGUUUCGACCCUAAUAUCUUUGUCUUGACAUCACUAAUCCAGUGCUAUGGGAAAGCCAAACGUGUUGAUGAUGUAGUGAGGACAUUCAGUCGAUUGAUAGAGUUAGGAUUAACUCCAGACGAUCGAUUCUGUGGCUGUCUUCUCAAUGUAAUUACCCAGACACCAAAAGAGGAACUUAGUAAGCUGAUUGAUUGUGUUGUGAGAGCUAAUCCAAAACUCGGUUUUGUGGUUAAACUCUUGAUGGGGGAGCAAGACAAGGAAGGAGAUUUCAGAACUGAAGCCUCAGAACUCUUUAGUGUUGUCAGUGCUGAUGUGAGAAAAGCCUACUGCAAUUGCUUAAUUGAUCUCUGUGUAAAUUUAGAUCUUUUGGAUAAGGCAUGUGAACUACUGGAUUUGGGGCUUACACUUCAGUUAUAUAAAGAUUUGCAAUCCAGGUCUCCAACUCAGUGGUCUCUUUAUCUUAAGGGUCUUUCUCUUGGGGCUGGUCUCACUGCAUUACACGUUUGGAUAAAUGACUUAACAAAGGUACUCGAAUCUGGGGAGGAACUUCCACCAUUACUUGGAAUAAAUACUGGACAUGGAAAACACAAAUAUUCAGAUAAGGGUUUGGCAAGCGUCUUUGAAUCACAUUUAAAGGAAUUAAAUGCUCCAUUCCAUGAGGCUCCAGAAAAGGUCGGGUGGUUUUUGACGACUAAAGUGGCAGCAAAAUCCUGGUUGGAGUCUAGAAGUUCACCUGAAUUAGUUGCAGCAUAAUAAGGGUUGUACCUGAAAGGUCCAAUAAUAUCUGUUGUGGUAUCUUUUAUUUAAACCCCUUUUUUUUUUCUCCUUUCUUUUAAUCGGCCAUAUAUUUAUUAAAAGAGAACUUUACGUUAAAGGAUGCAAUGAAGAGUUCUGCUAUCUUUGUUCUUUUAUUGUAUUAUAAUUCAUUGGAAUGUCAGAUCGAUAUUCGAACAC